CUUAAAAAAAUCUCAGAAAAAUGAGAGUUUGGGAUUCCUUUAUCUUCCCCUUCUAAAGUGUUAGAUAUGUAAUAUUUCGGAUGCCAUAAAACGAUACACCAAACCAAUCCAAGCGGAGUAAUAUAUUACGAAAAAUUGGAUUCACGAUCCAAACGCUCCUUAUGUAAUUAUCUUCGUCAAAAAUCUUUCCCCCAAUUUCUCUCACUUUCCAGGGAAACAAACGUACCUUUUGUACCUUUCUCUAACAAAGGUAUAUUUUUCAGUUAUAUAUAUAUAACUCUCAUUUAAGCUCUGGAAUUUUCCAGGGUUUCGACUUUGCUUAUUUCUGUUUCUCUAUUUAUUGAAAAAUGAUAUCUGUUAUGAACAACGAUGCUGAAUUCGAUACAAGAUCGGAUAAAAUCGAAGAGAAAGGUAGGGUUCCUAGCGAUGAAGCUAUUGACAGCUCAAAUGAAGAGAAGAGAUUGAGCUUAGGAAUGUCUAAUGUAGAAGUUAGGGUUUCUUCGGUGGAAUUCGAUUCGGAAGAUGACAGGGUUUCCGAGAAUGAUAGAUCUGAGGAGGUUAGGGAGAGUGACGGUGAUAGUGUAGAUAAAGGAAUAAAAGAUGAUGAGAAUGAUAGAAUAAAAAAUACAGGUUCAGAGUAUAAGUCAUUGUUAUCUGAAUUUGAUGAUUAUGUAGCCAAUGAUAGAAUUGGUGGAGGGACUUCGAGGGCAUUGAGUUAUGGGCUUGAGGUGGGUGACAUGGUUUGGGGAAAGGUGAAGUCUCAUCCAUGGUGGCCGGGGCAUAUAUUCAAUGAAGCAUUUGCAUCUCCUUCUGUACGUCGCACAAGGAGGGAGGGACAUGUGCUGGUUGCUUUCUUUGGGGAUAGUAGUUAUGGGUGGUUCGACCCGGCUGAGCUUGUACCUUUUGAUCGUCAUUUUAUGGAGAAAUCGCAGCAGACAAAUUUGAGGACUUUUGUGAAGGCUGUGGAAGAGGCAAUGGAUGAGGCUAAUCGGAGGCGUGGUCUUGGUUUGGCUUGUAAAUGUAGGAACCCAUAUAAUUUUCGGCCCACAAAUGUCCAAGGGUACUUUGCGGUUGAUGUGCCCGAUUAUGAGCCAAAUGGGGUUUAUUCUGUGAAACAGAUUAGGAAUGCAAGAAAUAGUUUUAAGACCGGUGAGACCCUUUCAUUUGUGAAACAAUUGGCAUCAGCCCCUGGAGCUUGUGACCAGCAAAGCAUUGAGUUUUUUAAGAAUAAGGCUACUGUUUUUUCUUUUCGGAAGGCUGUGUUUGAGGAGUUUGAUGAGACAUAUGCACAGGCAUUUGGGGUGCAGCCAGCACGACCUUCUAAUGCUCCAGGUGACAUAUCCAAACAGCCUGUUAAGCAGACACCUCGAGCUCCUUUGAGUGGUCCACUGGUGAUCGCAGAAGCCUUGGGUGGUGGAAAGAGUUCUAAAAGGCCCAUGAAAGUUAAGGACCAUUCAAAGAAAGACAGAUACUUAUUCAAGCGAAGAGAUGAAGCAAAUGACUUGCAAGCCCCCCCUCAAAUUAGCCAAGUGCAGGCUAAUUCAUCAACGCAAUCGAAUUACAGAGAGGGAUCACCAACAUUUGUAGCCGGAGAUUAUGUGUUGCAGAAGAGGGCUCCAGUGUCUCAGAUUCCUGUUAAACAAGAGCAGACUGUCUUUAUGAGCAGGGAUGGUGCAAGUUCAAGUAGAGAUUUAUCUGGCAAUGAAGUUGUAUCUGUAAACCAGACUUCAGCCACUGGUGCUGCUUUAGCUGGAAAGCCAACCUUGAAUAAAAUUGAUGGUGCAUCUGCAGCUUUUCAGCGGGAAGGUGAUGCUAUUGAACUUAAUCCUGAGGAGGGUGGAAAUUUGUCCAGAUUGUGUCAAGAAGUUCAGAAACCUGAUCUGGGUUCCACUGCAAAACUGGAAGGAGGCCAGGGAUUAGAUCAAGUUCGAGAAGGUUGCACUGGUGGGCAUCCUUUCCCUGUUGAUGCUAAGCACUCUGGUGGUAUGAGUGCUGAGGGUGGGGUGAAGAAAGCAAAAAAACGCCCUUUGGCGGAUAUAGGUGCUGAGAACUCUGCUUUGGGAGGGAAAAAGAAGAAGAAAAAGAAGAAAGAGGAUGGCUCUGAAAAAAACUCUGAUAAAUCACAGAAGCUUUUUUUCCUUGGAAAAGGUGGGACCAAAUCGGCCCAGAUUGGUUUGUGUCUUAGAGAAGAGUCUAAGGUGAGCCAUCAGAAUAAAGAUGUUGCUCCUACACAUUCCUUAUUCAAUUCUGUUGGGGCUUCCACAACUACUGGUAUGGGAAAUUCUGGGCUUGAACUUGCACAAUUACUGAGUGAUUUGCAUGCCCUGGCUCUUGAUCCCUUUCAUGGUGUGGAAAGGAAUAGCCCAACAACUAUUUGGCAAUUCUUUUUGCGAUUCCGAUCACAUGUUUAUCAGAAAAGCUUGGUUCUGUUGCCUUCAUCUGAGAUGGAGCCUGUCGAAGUUUGUGCCAGUAAACCUCCUUUGGUUGGAGCCUGUGAUAACCUUCCUAACGAGAAUAAUAGAGAUUCAGCUUCUUCAAAAUCAGUGAGACUCCUUGCAAGACCUGAUGAUCUGACAAAAGCUGGAUGGAAACGUCUUCCAUCUAAUCAUCAAGAAGAAAUUGCUGCAAAGAGGUUGAAAAAAAUUAGUCAGUUGAAAUCAUUGGCUGCGGAGAAGAAGGGCAAUCUGAGGACUAUGGAAGCACCAAAAGCUGAGGGAAAAGAACAACCAACUGCAGGGCCCUCAGGAAGACCACUCAAAAAACCAGAUUCUGCAAGGAAAAUGGAUCUGCCACCUAGGGCUGUUGAGCCUACGACGCUGGUGAUGAAGUUCCCUCCUCAGGUAUCACUUCCGUCAGCCGCAGAACUGAAGGCAAGAUUUGGUCGUUUUGGGUCAUUAGAUCAGUCAGCUAUCCGUGUGUUUUGGAAGUCCUCUACAUGCCGUGUUGUGUUCAGACACAAGAUUGAUGCACAGGCAGCGUAUAGAUAUGCUAAUGGAACUAAUUCCCUAUUUGGCAAUGUGAAUGUGAGGUACCAUCUUCGAAGUGUGGAAGCUCCUACAGCUGAAGCACUAGAUUCUAAUAAGGCUCGGGGAGAUGAUAGUGCCAGUGAAACCAUUCGAGUUAAGGAUCCUGAAAUUGAAAGACCAGCACUAGUGCUUGCCCACCAGCCUCUUCCCAAGCCAACAGUCCAGCUGAAGUCCUGUUUGAAAAAGCCAACAAGUGACGAGGGAGGGCAGGCAAGUGGCGGUAAUGGAGGGAGAGGGACAGCCCGUGUAAAAUUCAUGUUGGGUGGGGAGGAAACUAGUAGGGGAGAGCAAUUGAUGAUUGGUAAUAGAAACAACUUCCACAACAAUGCUAGUUUUGCCGAUGGUGCACCUUCUGUGGCAAUGGAAUUUAAUAGUAAGAACUUUCAAAAGGUCAUUCCUCAAUCAUCGACUCCCUCUCCCGUUCACCCAAUUCCUCAAUUUGGGAAAGCCCUAGCAAAUAAUAUGCAUCCCACUGAAGUGGUUCCCAGAAAUGCUCACAAUCUUAAUACUCAAACUAUCCCACAACCUAGUACAACGAGCAUAGAUAUUUCAAAGCAGAUGCUAAGCCUUCUGACAAGAUGCAAUGAUAUCGUAACCCACGUAACGGGCUUGUUGGGCUAUGUGCCUUACCAUCCUCUUUGAUAAAAAGGUCACCAGCAAAAUUUAACGUUUUUGAUCAAAAUCAAAGGUGGGGUUCAAAGCUGCUGCAAUGAAUGCGUGAUUGCUAGGAGUUUGCAGCAAAUGGGAGCAGAAAAGCCGUGGGGUCUUUGUAUUAUUUUUGGAGGGUUGGGUUGGUUGGUUUGAAGAAGAGCUGUUAAAGAGAGUGCGAUCGAGAAAACCCAAGAUGGGAGGAGUUGGGUUUAAAAUAAUGUUGUGUACUCCUUUUAAAGCUGCUGCGGCGCAUACUUCCAAUUAUGUACUGGUUUUGAUAAUGCAACUGCAAUUGCAAGGCAGUGUAGUAUCCUCUUUUUCUAGCAUCUUUUUAUCUCGCCCACAGAUCCGUGUGUGUGCGUGCGUUGUUCUUAUUAUGUGAUGAGUUUAGUGUAUGUUUCAUUUAAUUUUGUAGGUGACACGUUGUGAACCAAGUAAUCAAGCUAGAAACCAAAUAAUAGAGAAUAUUGAUAUUGAA